CUUCUACUGCUGGCAGGUUCCUCUUUAGCCCUGCUUCACUGUUAUUUUCGUCUCUCAUUUCCAGUUCCAGUCGGGACGACACUGUAUACAACAGACGGAGGGGGAUUUUUUCUGAUGUAGCCGAAUGGCUGAAGCCUCAGUGACAGACUCUGUCAACUUGAGUGCAGCAUCUGCGACAUCAGGUCCUGAUUCUGCAGCAGGAAGACCCAGCCAGCCGGCUUCCAGGAGAGGCCGACCACGGCCGGAUCGCAAUCACAGAUGGGGAGGUCAUGACAGACCCCAUCCAAGGUCAGGACACUCUAAUCCAGUGAGUUAUGCAAAGGAACCUCAAGAAUCUCAUGACAGUGCUGCUGUUCCACAUGACAACUUAUCUACCAGGCAUGACAUAAGAGGAGGGAGGGGAAGAGGAGGGCGUGGAGGCAGCGACAACAACCGCAAUAAUGAACGUUGGAAACAGGGUCCAAGAUGGUCAAGGGCUGGAAAUGAUAAUGGCCACUCAGGAUGGGACCAUGGGUCAAAUCAGGGCCAAAGACCCAGCACCCCACCUGCUUAUAGACCUACAAAUGUGGAAAAUCAGCAGGGGCCUCCUAGAGGGACCUACAUGGUAGAGUCCCAAGUUGAUCAAAGAGAUCAUUGGCCAAAAAGGUCCAGGAGAGGCAGAGGAGAGAGAGUAAGGGAGCCAUUAUCCAAAUACAAGGAGACAAACCAGGAGAGUUGUGCAGCAGCUGCAGAUUCAGUAGCCAGUCAAGCAUCCGUUGAACAUCUGGAACCAGAGCAUGAGCAGAGGAACCAGAACAGAUGGAGAGGAGGAGGAGGGGGAGGAGGAGGAAGGCAGCCACACCCCAGAAAGAAAGGCCCUGCCCUCCGUCCUAGUGACCACAGCAACUGGAGAGAGAGGGAAAUGCCCCACACAGGAGGAGAGGAGGGAGAACAGAGAGAAGAAGAGAGCAGAGGAGGCAAAGUGGAAGCUUUUCGGAGAGGCGGAAGUGGAAGGGAUCAGGGGAAAAGGCCCCGAAUGCAAGAACAGAGGAGAGCAGGAGGAGCCGAGAGAAGGACUGGGCCAUUGAAACAAUUGGAGGUCCCCAAAAGUAAAGAGACUCAGACAGGUUGUCUGAUCGAGCAGCUGACUGAAGAGAAGUACGAGUGUAUGGUCUGCUGUGACGUGAUUCGUGUCAUGGCACCAGUUUGGAGCUGUCAAAGCUGCUUCCACGUCUUCCACCUGAACUGCAUCAAGAAGUGGGCUCGCUCCCCUGCCUCUCAGGCCGAUGAUGGAGGUGAGGGCUGGCGUUGUCCUGCUUGCCAAAAUGUGACAUUCAAGGCCCCGACCUCCUACACUUGCUUCUGUGGGAAGGUGACCAAUCCGGAGUAUCAGCGCAGUGAGAUUCCACACAGCUGUGGUGAUAUGUGUGGAAAGAAGAGAACUGGAAGAGACUGCAAUCACCCCUGCAACAUCCUAUGCCACCCAGGACCCUGUCCACAGUGUCCAGCGUUUGUUACAAAAUCCUGCAUUUGUGGAAGAACAAGUAAACAGGUGCGCUGCAGUCAGACAGAAUCUCUGCGUUGUGAACAGGUGUGUGAUGCUUUGCUGAACUGUGCAGAACACCGUUGUUCCCAGAUUUGCCACCAGGGUCAGUGCCAACCCUGCCAGCUCCGUGUCCAGCAAGUGUGCUUCUGUGGGGUGGUACACAGGGAGGUGCCGUGUGGUACUGACCGUAACAGCUUUGAUGGAACUGGAUAUUUCUCUUGCAACAAACAGUGUGGGAAGAUGCUGGAGUGCCAGGCCCACCGUUGCCAGCAGACAUGCCACCCAGGCCAGUGCCAGCCGUGCGCUCUCUCGCCCAAGCUUGUGCGCAGCUGCCCCUGUGAACAGACAGCCCUGGCUAAGCUGCUGGAGCUCGGCUAUCCAGAGAGAAGGUGCUGCACUGACCCCAUACCCUCUUGUGGCAAAAUCUGCAGCAAACCACUACCCUGCGGUGACGCUGACACGGUCCAUCUGUGUGAUAAGCUUUGCCAUGAGGGCAGCUGUGGCCCCUGCUCUCUCACCUCCACUAUUAAAUGCAGAUGUGGCAGCAAGACUAAGGAGGUUCCAUGUGCUGUAAUUCAGAGGGAAGAAGAGUUGAUGUUUACCUGUGAGAAACGCUGCAGUAAGAAGCGUUCCUGUGGCAGGCACAAGUGUGGAGAGCUGUGCUGUGUGGAUAUUGAGCAUAAAUGCACAUUUAUUUGUGGCUACAAACUCAACUGUGGUCAACACCGGUGCCAGGAGAUUUGUCACCGUGGAAACUGCCAACCCUGCUGGCAGACAAGUUUUGAUGAGCUGGCCUGCUACUGUGGCGAAACAGUGAUGUAUCCACCUGUUCCGUGUGGCACCAAACCACCUGAGUGCAAAAAGCCAUGCACUCGACAGCACAGCUGCGAUCACCCAGUGUUCCACUCCUGCCACAGUGAUGAGAGAUGUCCCCCCUGUACCUACCUCACUAAGAAAUGGUGCAUGGGUAACCAUGAGCAAAGAAGUAAUAUCCCAUGCCACCUUCAAGACAUCUCCUGUGGCUUGGUGUGCAAUAAGCCGUUGCCCUGUGGCCUCCAUCGCUGUAAGAGGAUAUGCCAUCGUGGGGAGUGCGAUGCAGAGGGAGAGUGUAAGCAGCCUUGUCCUCACCCUAGGCCUGAAUGUGGGCAUCCGUGUAAUGCCCCAUGUCACCCUGGCACGCCCUGCCCACACACCACCUGCACUGCAAAGGUGUCAAUGCAGUGUGAUUGUGGCCGCAGAAAGGAGACCAUGCCCUGCACAGAGGCAGCCAGUUCUUACCAGAGAUAUGCAGCAAUUGCCAUGGCGAGUAAGCUGUCAGAUAUGCAGCUGGGAGAGUCUGUUGAUAUCGCUCAGCUCACCAAGAAGGAGCAGAAACAGGCCAUGUUGGAAUGUGAUCAAGAGUGUGCCACACUGGAGAGAAAUCGGCGUCUGGCUGAAGCGCUGCAGGUCGAUCAGUCAGUUGAUCCAUUUAACACCAAAUCCUCGUCAUGCAAAUACAGUGACUCUCUCAAAGAGGAUGCCAGAAAAGAAUUUAAGUUCGUCGGUGAGGUGGAGGAGGAGAUCAGGAAUCUGGUUGAAUUAGCAAACAAGGGCAAACAACCAAAGAGAAGUCACUGUUUCCCACCCAUGAAGCGCGAGCAGCGGCGAAUCAUCCACGAGCUGGCAGAGGUGUAUGGUGUGGAGAGCGUCAGCUACGACAGUGAACCCAAGCGCAACGUAGUCAUUACAGCCAUCAGGGGGAAAUCUGUUUGCCCUAACUCCACUCUGAUUGCACUGAUUGAGAGAGAGACCGCUGCCAGGGCCCCACCACCCAUUGCCCAUAUCAAACAGUACAACAGCAAGGCUGAUGGUAGCAGUGCCUGGGUGAAGCAUGGUAAAGAAGAGCCUGUUGAUUAUUUUGAUGUUCAGGAUUGAUUGAAGUUGCUGUACUAAACACUGUAAUGAGAUCAAAUAAAACUGGGCACAUGGUGAGUUGGAAA